AUGCCCCACGGGUCAGAAGAUGUUCGGAAGCAUUUCAUCCUCACUACCACAGGAAACUACUUCGGAAUAAAGCCUUCUCCUUCGCUUUCCGACUGCCAAGAGCUCAACAACUUUUUAGACGACGGCAACGUGUUUCUGCUCGCCGUUCUCAAACAGCAGAAUGACCUACACCUCUCAAACAAGGUUGAAUCUGGUGGCAGUGAGGAGAGUGUGCUGGUGUUUUUUAAACUGCAGCCUUGUGUUAUCACAGAGGAGAACCUGCACAGAACUGUCAUGGUCUCCUCCAUGUUAGAGUCGCCCGUUAACAGCCUGUACCAUGCUGUGCGACAGGUGUUUGUGCCUCUCUUGCUGAAGGAUGAACACUGGAGUAAAUCAUUUGACCCCAAACUUCAAAACCUUCUCACCGAGCUUGAGCACGGCCUGGGCACCGUUGUCCGACACUCUGACCCAAAGCAAUGUGGGAAACGGAGUCUUUCUGAGGAAGACGUUGUCGGAAUCACAAGUCCCUGUGAAGAGUUUCAGUACUGGGCAGAUGUUUGUCAGUCUGCAGAGAAGAACAGCACCAGAGAUAGAGCAGCCCACUUCUCUGAGCUCUUCAGACCCAUACAGAAGGACUACAGCACUCUAGACAGUGUGUCUCUGGUGGAUGCAUUAGAGUUGAUUGACACCACCAGGGACGUGUUGGAUGAUGUUUGGAGGCAGACUGAUCACACCCCCUACCCUGAAGCCCGCAUGCAAAGACUACUGGAUGUCAUAGCUGGUACCCUUGGCCGGUUUGUUCAGAGAAAGUUAAGCUGUGUGAAUCUUUGGGAGGAUCCGUACUCUGCAGUGAGAGAGAAUUUGAAAGCGGGUGUGGCUGUAUGUGAACAGUGGGCGGUGGCCUGUGAACACCUCACCAAUCAAGUAUGGAAACGCUUCUCGCCACACCCAUGGCAAGGGGACAAACAGCGCCCCCAAGAACUGGACAGCCUGGCUCAGCGAUUGGAAGAAAUUGUGCAGAUGCGUGUGGUGCAGGAGAAGCUGAUGCGGAUGUUGUCUGCGGGGAAACAGCAGAGUGUUAGUGCAGAGAGACUAUUCCAGCCUUUUACUGGCCUUAACCCACUACACUACAACCCUUAUACUGAGCCGUUGUGGAGAGCAGCUGUUGAUCAGUUUGACAGGCUGAUUGCACCUGCAGAACAGGAAGUGGCAGCUAAACUGAAGGCCAACAUCAGUGAUGUACAGGACAAUCCUCAGCAGCUGUUGCAGGUGUUUCAGAGACACAGGGAACUGAUUAAACGAUCAGGCAUCAGGAAAUUGCUCCAGUCAGAGAGACAGAACCUGCUUGCCAAACUGCUGGACUACGUCAAAGGUUUGCGCAAUGACUUUGAGAGCCGAUGUCAUGGAGCUCCAGGAGAGAAAUCUGGACCCCCGACCGGCCGGAACCUUCCAGAAGUUGUUAACAACAUUGUUUGGGUCCAACAGCUGCUGCUGAAGGUGGGGGACUGUAUUAAACUGUGUGAGGCGCUGUUGGCCGACUUGUCUGGGCUCCAUUCGUUGCUGCGUUUCUCUGAUGAGCUGCAGGAGAAUCUCCGAGCGUACGCACAGGAGCAGUUUGACGACUGGUCACAUGAUAUCCUGCGUAACCUUACGGACCCAAAGUCAGGCAUCAGUCUGCAGGCCAGUAACCGUGUAAUGGAGUUGGACCAUGUAGAUGGGAAGUUAAAGAUCCAGUAUUCAGACAGACUGGUGACACUGGUGCGGGAGGUCAGACAGCUCUCUGCUCUGGGAUUCACUGUCCCAGCUAAAAUCCAGCAGGCUGCCAACACAGCAGACAAAUUCUACAGAGAGGCCAUCAUUCUCAAACAGGUUGCUCAUUUCUACAACACCAUAGACCAGCAGAUGAUCCCGUCCCAAAAGCCCAUGUUGCUUAGCUACGCUUUAGCAUUCGAGCAGGUUAUAAAGGGUCCUCGCUCCCAGACACGGGAUUCAGCUGGAAAAGUCCAGAUCACCUGGGAUAAUCCUAAAGAGCUGGAGCUGUAUAUCGGAAAACUGCAGACUGCCGCAGAACGUCUCUCCACGGAAAACCGAAAACUCCGCAAGUGGCACGUGGACUUUACUGAGAAGGUGCUGUCACUGAUCAAUGUUGACUUGCUGAGACAGCAGCAGCGCUGGAAAGACGGACUGCAGGAACUCAGACUGGGAUUCACCACACUGGAGUCUCAGGGCUUUGGCAGUGGUGACAUGCGUGCUUGGCGACAGCACUGGAACCAUCAGCUGUAUAAGGCUCUGGAGCACCAGUACCAGCUCGGACUGGAGAACCUCAACAGAAACCUCCCUGAGAUUAACAUCGACCUCACGUUCAAACAGGGCCGUCUACAGUUCAGACCGUCGUUUGAGGAGGUGCGUGCGCGAUAUUACAGAGAAAUGAAGAGGUUUAUAUCCAUCCCAAACCAGUUCAGAGGGGUGUGUGAGGUCGGAGAGGAGCCCAUGUUCAGUCAGAUGAUUGACAGGAACGCCGGCGGCUUCCUCACGGUCUACACCAAAGCCGAGGAGCUUUUCAGCAGACUGCUUCUCGUACAGGACGCAUUCAAGCCAUGGGUGGUGUUAGGCCAGGUCAACGUGGAGAAGCUGGUGGAAACACAUUUGCGGAACGCGCAGGACUGGGAAAGGAACUUUAAAGCUCUCAAAGUCAAGGGCAAGGAAUCAGAGCGAUUGCCUAGUGUGGAGAGGGUUGACUGUAUCACAGUGAACUGUGAGCCUGUGAAAGCUGUGAUAGAUGACCAAGUUCAGGGCCUGUUUGACACCCUGCUCAGUUCCCUCAGAAAAUCCAUCCAGGCGCACACUCAGGCCAUUGAUGUGUUUGUGACUGAGGCCAUGGAGAUUCUGUCCACUCGACCAGACAGUAUCGAACAAAUCGGAGAGGCCAAUGCCAAGCACAGCCAACUACACGCACAGAAACCUGAGAUCCUACAGGAGUUCCAGCAGGCGGAGGAGAAGAACAGGCUCCUGAGGGUGGUGGCGGGUGGAGGAGUGGACUCCAUCACCUCUCUCACUGCCAAAUGGGACAAAUUUCAGCUUAUGAUGGAGAGUCAUCAAGUUAUGAUCAAAGAACAGGUUGGGGUGAUGAGGUCAAAUGUUGAAGGUCGGGUGGAGGCGUACCUUCGUGAAAUGGAGAAGUUCCAUGCUCGCUGGGAGCAGCUCAGACCCAGUGAUGAUGUCAUCGAGUCAGGUGACCAUGAUGCCCUGCAGCAGUGUGUCCAAACCAUCAAAGACAAGAGAGCUGAGUUUGAGGAGUUAGAGGAAAUCCGCAAGAAGCUAGUUGAAGACUGUAGGCACUUUGACGUGUCUCCUCCAGAUUUCUCUGUGGCGUGUGAGGUGGAGAGGGACAUGGCGGAGACCUCUCACAUGUGGGCUCUGUAUGAGGAGUUUCAGCAUGGGCUACAGGACACAGCCAGUCAGGACUGGAUCUCCUUCAGGGGUAAGACACAUGUGUUUGAGGAGUUUUUGUUCGCAUGGCACGACAGACUGAGGAAGAUAAAGGAACACACAACCAUGUCAGUCAAACUACAGAAAGAGGUGGACAAGUACAAGAGUUUGGUUCCUGUGUUGAAGUAUGUGCGUGGAGAACACCUGUCUCAGGAUCACUGGUGUGAUGUGUUCCGAUUGUUGGGAUUACCCAGAGGAACCACACUGGAGCGUCUACUCUUCAGAGAUCUGCUUAACGUCACUCACACCAUCAUCGAUAAAGCCAUGGAGCUUAAGGACCUUAACAGCCGUGCCCAGGCUGAGGUGUCUAUUCGGGAGGCUCUGAGGGAGCUGGAGCUGUGGGGAGCAGGAGCCAGUUUCUCUCUGACUGAUUAUGUGUCGAGUGAGAGGAGCAGUGUGAGGCUGAUAAGGGAAUGGAGGGAUAUGAUCAGUCAGGUGGGAGAUAAUCGCUGCCUGCUGCAGUCUCUGAAAGACUCCCCGUACUACCACAGCUUUGAGGAUAAAGUGGCUCUGUGGGAGGGAAGGCUGGCAGAUCUAGACGAGUACCUGCACAACCUUAACACCAUCCAGAGGAAAUGGGUGUACCUGGAGCCCAUUUUUGGACGCGGGGCGUUGCCGAGGGAACAGGCACGCUUCAAGAGAGUGGACCAGGACUUCAAGUCAAUCAUGUCAGAUGUACAGAGGGAUAGUCGUGUGAUGUCUCUGGUGGUUCGUGCUGGUAUCAGAAACUCUCUGGUCACUUUACUGGACCAACUGCAGCGCUGUCAGAAAUCCCUCAACCAGUUUCUGGAGGAGAAGCGGUCUGCCUUCCCAAGGUUUUACUUCAUUGGUGACGAUGACCUACUGGAGAUACUGGGCCAGGCCACUAACCCGAUUGUCAUCCAGUCACAUCUGAAAAAACUGUUCGCUGGCAUUAAUAGCGUGGAGUUUGACGAGAACGGCCACACCAUCACAGCGAUGAGGUCACUGGAGGGAGAGGUCGUUCCCCUGAGGAAUGUCAUACGCAUAUCUAGCGAUGUUGAGGUGUGGUUGAGUAAACUCGCCACGGAGAUGAAGGAGACUUUGCAGUGUCUGCUGUGUGAGUGUGUGAGCGCAGCUAAGAAAGGAGAGGUGGAUCCGACCCGCUACCCUUCACAGGUUCUGUGUGUGGCUGAGCAGAUCCAGUUCACUGCAGAUGUGGAGACUGCUAUACGCCACCAAAGUCUGCAGCAGCUGGAGGUGGAGCUGAUGGCCAAACUGGAGCACUACACCAGUGUAGAGACCAGUCCAGAGGAGCCAGGGAGCACAGACUCCAGUGUGGUGCAGCUGAAGCUGAAGGCGCUGAUUCUGGACGUCAUUCACAACAUUGAGGUGGUGAAGCAGCUGAACGGGGCUCAGGUCCAUAGUGUGGGUGACUGGGCCUGGAGAAAGCAGCUCCGUUUCUACCUGCACAGCGACCAGCGCUGCUACAUACAGAUGGUGGAUGCUGAGUUUCAGUACACUUAUGAGUACCAGGGCAACGCUGCCAAACUGGUCCACACCCCUCUGACGGAUAAGUGCUACAUCACUCUCACCCAGGCAAUGAAGAUGGGUUUGGGGGGGAAUCCGUAUGGGCCGGCUGGCACCGGGAAAACCGAGUCUGUCAAAGCGCUCGGUGGGCUGUUCGGCCGCCAAGUAUUGGUGUUUAACUGUGACGAGGGCAUCGACGUGAGGUCAAUGGGCCGGAUCUUUGUGGGUUUGGUUAAGUGUGGAGCUUGGGGUUGUUUUGAUGAAUUUAAUCGUCUGGAGGAGGCAGUGCUGUCUGCCGUAUCCACGCAGAUUCAAGCCAUUCAAAACUCUCUGAAGAAUCAGCACAGCACCUGCCAACUGCUAGACAAAGAGGUGGAACUGGACCCUAACUCGGGGAUCUUCAUCACUCUUAACCCUGCUGGCAAAGGUUACGGAGGGCGACAGAAACUUCCAGAUAAUCUCAAACAGUUGUUCCGACCCGUCGCCAUGUCCAGUCCAGAUAACGAGCUCAUUGCUGAGGUCAUCCUUUACUCCGAAGGCUUUAAGGAAGGCAGAGAGCUUGGCCGCAAGCUUGUGGCUAUAUUUAACCUGGCCAGGGAGCUGCUUUCUCCUCAGCAGCACUAUGACUGGGGUUUACGGGCCCUGAAGACGGUUCUGAAGGGCUGUGGCAGUCUGCUCCAACUCCAGAGGAGAAAUGACAGCAAAAAGGUUAGGGAGAGUCAUUUGGUGGUUCAGGCUCUGAGGCUGAACACGAUGUCCAAGCUGACGUUUGCUGACAGCAGUCGUUUUGAUGCUCUGGUGCGUGAUGUGUUUCCUGGCGUGGAUUUCAAGGAUGUGGAGUACGAGAAUUUGAGCUCGGCCCUGCGGGCUGUGUAUGAGGAAGCUCACCUGGAACUCAUCCCCAGUCAGAUGAAAAAGGCCGUGGAGUUGUAUGAACAGCUGCGACAGAGAAUGGGUGUGGUUAUCGUUGGUCCGAGCGGAGCGGGGAAGUCCACUCUGUGGCGUAUGCUGCGUGCAGCGUUGGUUCGAAUGGGUCGUGUGGUUAAACAAUACACCAUGAACCCCAAAGCCAUGCCACGGCAUCAGCUACUGGGCCACAUCGAUAUGGACACACGCGAGUGGUCCGACGGCGUCCUCACCUCCAGUGCCAGACAGGUGGUCCGAGAGCCCCAGGAGGUGAGCUCCUGGAUCGUGUGUGAUGGAGAUAUUGACCCAGAGUGGAUCGAGUCUCUCAAUUCAGUGUUGGAUGAUAACAGGCUACUGACCAUGCCCAGUGGAGAGAGAAUCCAGUUCGGCCCAAAUGUCAACUUUGUGUUUGAGACUCAUGAUCUGAGCUGUGCGUCCCCAGCCACAGUAUCACGAAUGGGCAUGAUCUUUCUCAGUGAUGAGGAUACUGAUGUUAAUUCUCUGGUGAAGUCAUGGUUGAGGAGCCAGCCAGAGGAGAUCAGGGGGAACCUGGAGAGCUGGCUUGGGGAUUACUUUGACAGAGCUCUGGACUGGGUCCUCAAACAAAAUGACUUUGUGGUGGAGACCAGUCUUGUUGGCACGGUGAUGAAUGGUUUGUCUCAUCUGAGUGGUGUGCGUGAACGUGGUCAGUUUGUGGUUGGACUCAUCAGGGGACUGGGCGGAAACCUCAGUCUCAAAUUACGCCAGGAGUUUGCCAAAGAGGUUCUGAGUUGGGCCAGAGAAAGUCCGCCGGACCCUCGGAAACCACUCAACACCUUCUAUGAUGUGAAUUCGGGUCGUUUGGCGGCUUACCAGCCAGAGCAGUCUGAUGUGUUGAGUGUUGAGGAUUUAAACAAUCUGCAGAAACUCCCUGUCAUUCUGACUCCAGACAUGCAGAGGGCGCUAGACUUCUUCUCAGCCUGGCUGUGCUUUGACAACAAACAGCCUUUCUUAUUGGUUGGACCAGAGGGCUGUGGAAAAGGGAUGCUGCUGCGACAUGCGUUCUCCAGUCUGCGGUCCACACAGGUUGCUGUGGUCCACUGUAGUGCCCAGACCUCAUCUCAUCACGUCCUACAGAAACUGACUCAGACCUGCCUGCUCCUCAGUUCCAACGUGGGCCGUCUGUACCGGCCCAAGGACUGUGAGCACCUGGUACUUUACCUCAAAGACAUAAACCUUCCCAAACCAGACAAAUGGGGCACCAGCAGCCUCAUCGCCUUCCUCCAACAGGUGUUGACUUAUCAUGGGUUUUAUGAUGAGAAUCUGGAGUGGGUUGGCUUGGAGAAUAUUCAGAUUGUGGCCUCCAUGUCUGCAGGGGGCGCUAUGGGCAGACACACACUCACAUCCAGAUUCACUUCCAUUAUACGCAUCUGUACCAUUGAUUAUCCAGACAGAGAACAGCUGCAGACCAUCUAUGCCGCCUACCUCCAGCCUGUGCUGCAGAGGAGUCUGGGUAAUCAGUCUGCGUGGAGCUCUGCGGGGCGUGUCCAUCAGCUGGCCGGCUCAUUGGUGCAGGUCUAUGAGCAGGUGAAAGCAAAAUUCACGGUGGAUGAUUACAGUCACUAUCUGUUCACUCCAUGUGUUCUCACUCAGUGGAUCCUCAGUCUGCUCAGAUAUGACCUCACUUCAGGUGAGUGGCAAAACGCUACAGACUCAGUGUUGGAAAUCGUUGCCUGUGAGGCCCGCCGGCUCUUCAGAGACCGUUUAGUGACAGUUAAAGACCUCAACACGUUCGACAACAUCCUGUCCUCAGUCAUCCAGAGUGACUGGGGCUCUGACGUACUCGACAACCUGAUAGACAGUUUCUAUGUGACUUGGGGUGCAUCCCAUGAGGCAGGGAAGAUCACAGGCUCAGGUCAGCCCCUCCCCCCUCACGGUAAACCUCUGGGUCGCCUGGAUUCCACUGACCUCAGAGAGGUCAUUCACAAGGGUAUUGUUCUGUAUGGCCGAGACAAUCGUGAGCUGGACAUUCUGUUGUUCCGUGAAGUCUUGGACUACAUGUCGCGCGUGGAUCGUGUUCUGAGCCACCCGGGCGGAUCUUUGCUGUUGGCUGGUCGCUGUGGCGUGGGCAGACGCACAGCAGCGAGCGUAGUCAGCCACAUGCAUGGAGCGACACUCUUCACACCCAAGAUCUCCCGUGGUUACGGACCCAAACAGUUCAGAACAGACCUGAAAACGGUAAUGCAGUUGGCUGGUAUCGAUGGACAGCAGGUGGUGCUACUUUUGGAAGAUUAUCAGUUUGUCCAUCCGUCCUUUCUGGAGAUGGUCAACAGUCUCUUAUCCUCAGGGGAGGUUCCAGGUUUGUACAGCCCAGAGGAACUGGAGCCUCUGCUGUCCUGUCUAAAAGACCAGGCUGCUCAGGAUGGCGUCACAGGACCCGUCUUUAACUACUACGCUCAGCGUAUUCAGCAGAACCUCCAUAUUGUGCUAAUAAUGGACUGCACCAACAGUAACUUUACCAUUAACUGUGAAAGUAACCCCGCCCUCUACCGCAAGUGCUCAGUACAGUGGAUGGAAGGAUGGUCAGAGAGCAGCAUGAAGAAGAUCCCGGAGAUGUUGUUUUCAAGGUUAUUUGGAGAAGAGGGGGAGAGAGGUUCUGAGAAGGAGCCGAAAAAGAAACCAGCUGUAGCCCAUGCUGAGCUGGCUAACUCGUUCUUGCUGAUCCAUGAUUCAUGUCGUGAGUUUGGGGCCACACCCAGACACUACUUGUCCUUCCUUCAUACCUACGGCUCCAUCUAUGCACACAAACAAACCCAGCUCACCAAGAAACAGCGCCACCUUCAGGCGGGCGUGGCCAAGCUGAAUGAAGCCAAGGCAUUGGUCGAUGACCUAAAGAGACGGGCAGCGGAGCAGAGUCUACUCUUAAAGACCAAACAGGCUGAGGCAGAUGCAGCCCUGCAGGAAAUCACUGUCUCCAUGCAGAACGCCAGUGAUCAAAAGACAGAGAUGGAGAGACUGAAAGGGAGGAUGGCAGAGGAAGUCAGUAAAAUUGAAGAGAGAAAAGCCAAAAUUGACGAUGAACUGAAAGAAGUCCAGCCCCUAGUGGAGGAGGCCCAGCGUGCAGUUGGGAAUAUCAAACCUGAGUCCCUGUCAGAGAUCCGCUCCCUGCGCAUGCCGCCCGACGUCAUCAGAGACAUACUGGAGGGCGUGCUGAGGCUCAUGGGAAUUUUUGACACCUCAUGGGUCAGCAUGAAGAGUUUUCUGGCCAAACGUGGAGUGAGGGAGGACAUUGCUACGUUUGAAGCGCGAAACAUCACCCAUGAGAUCCGACAGAGUGUGGAGGAACUGCUGCACAGGAACAAAGCUUCAUUUGACCCAAAGAAUGCUAAGCGUGCGAGUGCAGCGGCUGCGCCCCUGGCUGCCUGGGUGAAGGCCAACGUCCAGUACUCUCACGUACUGGAGAAGAUCGAACCACUGGAGAGAGAACAGGCCGGGCUGCUGGAAAAUCUGCGUAAGACAGAGAGUCGGAAGAAUAAACUGGAAGACCAGCUGAACAGUGUCGGAGAGAAAGUUCUGGAGCUGAAGCAGAAGUUCCAGUUACGCACAACUGAAGCAGCUAAACUGGAAACAGAGGUGAACAAGGCCCAGGAAACCAUCCAAGCAGCAGAGAAACUUAUUCACCAGUUAGACGGAGAAAACACACGCUGGAAUGCCCAGGUGCAGGAGAUCACUGAGGAGCUGGAGACUCUUCCUAAGCGGGCUCAGCUGGCUGCUGCUUUCAUCACGUAUCUGCCCAAAGCCCCAGAGGACAGGAGGACAGCCAGCCUGGGCCAGUGGAUCGACAACGCAGGACUUCAGAAGUUUGACCUUCGUCAUUUUCUAUGCUCUGAGAGCGAGCAACUAAUGUGGAAGAGUGAAGGCCUACCGUCUGACGACCUGUCAAUGGAGAAUGCCUUAGUCAUACUGCAGAUCAAUGCCAUGAAGUCCCAGAGCUGUAUGUGUCCAUUUCUCAUUGAUCCUUCGUCUCGGGCUACAGAGUGGCUCCGCACUCACCUAAAGGACCAGCGUCUGGAGGUCAUCAACCAACAGGACAGUAACUUCCUGACCAGUGUGGAGCUGGCCGUGCGUUUUGGGAAAACUCUGAUUAUUCAGGAGGUGGAUGGAGUUGAUCCCGUGCUUUACCCCCUACUGAGACGAGACCUCAUCGCACAGGGUCCACGGUAUGUUGUCCAGAUUGGGGAUAAAGUGAUUGACUAUAAUGAAGAUUUCCGGUUGUUUCUGGCGACCCGAAACCCCACACCCCUCAUCCCCCCUGAUGCAGCCUCUAGCAUCACAGAGGUCAACUUCACUACCACCAGGGCGGGGCUAAGAGGACAGUUGCUGGCUGUGAUCAUCCAGCAGGAGAAGCCAGAGUUGGAGAGUCAGAAGACCUGUUUGCUUGAGCAGGAGGAGGAGAAGAAAAUCCAGUUGGCCCAACUGGAGGAGUCACUGCUGGAGACUCUGGCCACAGCUCAAGGGAACAUUUUGGAGAAUAAGGAGUUGAUUGAAUCUCUGAAUCAGACCAAAUCCAGCAGUGCCCUCAUCCAGCAGUCUCUAACCCAGUCGCACCAGUUACAAGCCUCACUGGAUCAGGAGCGAGAUGCUUACCUUCCUCUGGCUGAAAGUGCCAGUAAGAUGUUUUUCGUCAUAUCGGAUCUUUCCAAGAUCAAUAAUAUGUACCGCUUCAGUUUGGGCUCGUUUCUCAGAAUCUUCCAUCGAGCCCUUCAGAACAAGCAGGAGCCUGAGAAGACUGAGGAAAGGAUCGCUACACUAGAGUCCUGUCUGAAGACUAUGGUCUACGAGUAUGUCUCUCGCUCCCUCUUUAAGGCUGAUCAGCUGAUGUUUGCGCUGCACUUCGUAAAAGGAAUGCACCCUGAGCUCUUUCAGGAAAACGAGUGGGAUGCCUUCACUGGGUUAAUCGUUGGGGACAUGGUCAGAAAGACGGACUCCCAGAAGUCUUUGCGGGAGCAGUUUCCAUCCUGGAUCGAUCAGGAGAGACUCACAGCCCUUGCUUUAUUCAAGGUGACUUUUCCUGCUCUGUAUCAGUCACUGUGUCUGAAUGAUGCUGAACUGUGGCGCACCUUCUCAGUUAGCUCCACUGGCGAGUUCCCACCCACAAUCGCCAAGAAGAUCACUCUGUUUCAGCAGGUGUUGGUGGUUCAGGUUAUCAGGCCAGACAGACUGCAGAGUGCCAUGGCAGUCUUUGCCUCACAGGCCCUGGGGCUGAGAGAACUGUCCCCUCCUCCACUCAAUCUGAGGCGUCUCUACGGGGAGACUGUGGAGACAGAACCGGUUCUGGUCAUCAUCUCUCCCGGUGCUGACCCAUCCCAGGAACUCCAGGAGCUGGCCAGUGAGACUGUUGGCAGAGAGAACUACCACGAGGUGGCCAUGGGCCAGGGGCAGGCGGACAUUGCUCUGUCGUGUCUGCGAGAAUGUGUACGCAGUGGAGACUGGCUCUGUCUGAAGAACCUCCAUCUCGUCACAGCAUGGCUCCCCCUACUGGAGAAGGAGCUGAACACAAUGCAGCCCAAGGCUGGUUUCCGUCUGUGGCUAACAGCUGAAGUCCAUCCCAAAUUCCCUCCCAUACUGCUCCAGUCCAGCCUUAAGGUCACUUAUGAGGCUCCUCCCGGACUGAAGAGGAACCUCCUGCGGACCUUGGAGUGGUGGACGCCGGAGCAGGUGUGUAAAGGAGGGUCAGUGGCCAGGGCACAGUCUCUGUUCUGUCUGGCCUGGUUUCACGCCGUCUGCCAAGAGAGACGCAAUUUCAUCCCCCAGGGCUGGACUAAAUUCUAUGAGUUUUCUCUGUCUGACCUGCGGGCAGGAUUUGAGAUCAUAGACAGAUUGUACGAAGGAGGGAAAACGUUUCAGUGGGAGAUUGUGCGUGGUUUAUUGGACAGUGCUAUAUAUGGAGGUCGUAUUGACAACGCGUGUGACUUGCGGAUACUGAGAUCGUAUUUACAGCAGUUCUUCAGUUCUCAGCUUCUCUCAGCCUCACACACUCACUCACAGAGCAAGAGACCCACAGGCUUUCCCCCACAGAUCAGCCUCCCCAACUCCUACAGCAUUGUGGACUACAGGGUGAUGGUGGAGAGUCUUCCUGAUGAUGACAAACCCAGUUUCUUUGGGCUGCCAGCCAACAUUGAACGCUCAGCCCAGAGAACAGUCAGCACACAGGUCAUCUCCCAGCUCAGGGUUCUGAGCCGGUCUGGGCCACCUGGUUCCAAGUUUGACAGAGAGAUAUGGUCCAAUGGACUUUCCCCUAUUUUGAACCUGUGGAAAAAACUCAACCAGGGUUCCUCUAUGAUCCAUCAGAAAGUCUCCCCUCCCAGUGAAAGCCAAGGAUCGCCAGUGCUGUCAUUCAUUCUUCUGGAGCAGUUUAUUGCAAUCCGACUGGUCCAGGGGAUCCACCAAUCACUGGCUGCACUCAGUAAAGUCAUCCGUGGCACAUCCCUAUUGACCUCUGAUGUGCACAAACUGGCUACUGCUCUCCUGAACCAGGAGUGCCCACUGAGUUGGCAGGCAAAGUGGGAGGGGCCAGACGACCCCAUGCAGUACCUUCGGGCUGUAGUGGCCCGGGCCCUCGCUAUUCAGGGUUGGGUGGAGAGAGCUGACAGACAGAGUUUACUGGCGGACACACUGGACCUGUCUGACCUUUUUCACCCAGACACAUUCCUCAACGCUCUCAGGCAGGAGACCGCCAGGUGUGUGGCCUGCUCUAUGGACAGUCUGAAGUUCGUGACAUCAUGGAAGAGUCACAUUGCAGAAGCGAAACUCCAGGUGAAGAUCGGAGGGUUGCAGUUGGAAGGCUGUAGUUUUGAUGGGACUGCUCUUUUUGAGAACCAGCAUGACUCUCCCAGUGUGUCUGCAGUUCCUGUCUGCUACACAGCCUGGAUCCCACAGAGUGUCAGAGGCUGCUACGCCCCAGACGAGUGUAUCUCCUUGCCGUUGUACACCAGUUCGGAACGUGUGCGCGUGGUCACCAACAUUGAUGUCCCGUGUGGUGGGAUCAGGGAUCGGUGGAUCCAGAGCGGAGCGGCCCUCUUCCUGAAACAGCAGUGA